GACCGGGCCGAGGGUCUGCAGCCGGUGGGGGCCGCCGGCGGUCGGGGCGCUCCCGGGGGCCAGCCGCGAUGGCGGGGGCGCUGCUGCAGCUGCUCUCCUGGACCUCUUUGGUGUUCACGCUGGGCAUGUUUGGCACCGGGCUGUCCGACCUGCAGAAAAUGUUUGCGGCCGGAAGUGUGGAAAAUAUCCAGUUUCUUCCAUUUCUUACCACCGAUGUAAACAACCUGAGUUGGCUAAGCUACGGUUUCCUGAAGGGCGACUGGACGCUGAUCGUUGUUAACGCCGUGGGCGCGGCCCUCCAAUCUCUCUACAUCCUGGUCUAUUUUUUCUUCAGCUCAGAGAAGGGCGCCGUCCUGAAGAAAACCGCAGGCCUGUUGGCGGUCCUUCUGCUCGGCUACGGCUAUUUCACCCUGAUGGUCCCCGAUGCCACCACACGCCUCACCCAGCUGGGCCUGUUCUGCAGCCUCUUCACCAUCACCAUGUACCUCUCGCCGUUGGCAGAUCUGGUCAAGAUCGUGAAAAGCCGUUCCACCCGCUGCCUGUCGUUCCCACUGACGGUCACCACCUUCCUGGCAUCGGCCAGCUGGACCUUCUACGGCCUCCUUUUGGAAGACCUUUACAUUGCGAUUCCCAACAUGCCGGGCAUUGCUACCAGCCUCAUACGCUUCUGGCUCUUCUGGCAUUUCCCGACCGACCAGGACAGAUCUUACAAGCUGCUGCUGGCCUGAAGACCAGGAGGGAGGCGCAGAAGACCACCACCCCCCAGCCAGCCCAGGGAGGACGAAGACACCGAAAUCGGCAGAUGUGUGGAUGCUGGGCUGCCCGGCUCUCCUUGAACACAGCCUGCCCACCUCUGGGCACCACCGCAAGCCAUUUCCAUCUGGAUGGGCCAAAGGCCGUUCUGGUCUCCCCCGCAUCCUGCGGUGGGAGGGAGUGGGUGAAAAUUCCCCGGGGAGAACAGAUCCAGGGCAGGAUGAACUUGAUUCCCGCGCUGGCCUCCGACAAGAGGUUUGCAGAGCAAAGGCUGGGAAUGUAGAGGGGCUUCCCCACCAGAGUGGGGUUGGAAAAUCAUUGAGGGUUCUUAAGAUUGGGCUCCCAAAUCCUGGACUUCGUUGCCAAAAGGGCAGGUGCGCACCGUUGCCUUAUCCAUCUGCCAGGAAUGCCUUUUUGACAUCCCCCCGCCUGCAGCUGGCUCCCUCUUUCAAUCCACCAGCUCCUGACAUAGGAUAUCUCCCCAAGGUCUUGACCUGUUGAAUGUCAGGAAGAGCCGACGGGCGAACAUUCCACUGACGUUGCUUUAUGAGUGCCUUGCAAUAAAUAGAACAGAGAGGAAGGAUCGUUCUGUUGCUUUGGAGAGCUGCUUUUUUGCCUCCCCCGGGCCCAGCAUUUUUUCCCAUCAGGCUUGAGCGGGUAAUAAGUCAUUUGGCCUCGCAGCAUGGGAAGGAGAGUCCAUUUGGCCAUCGUUUGAGUGGAUUCGUGUUUGGGGCACAGGGUUGGACUAGAUGAUCUCUGGGGCCCCUUCCAGACUGGGAUUUCAUGUAGUGGAUUCCUCCUGGGAAGGGGGUUGGACUAGAUGAUCUCUGAGGCCCCUUCCAGACUGGGAUUUCGUGUAGUGGAUUCCUCCUGGGAAGGGGGUUGGACUAGAUGAUCUCUGGGGCCCCUUCCAGACUGGAAUUCCGUGUAGUGGAUUCCUCCUGGGAAGGGGGUUGGACUAGAUGAUCUCUGGGGCCCCUUCCAGACUGGAAUUCCGUGUAGUGGAUUCCUCCUGGGAAGGGGGUUGGACCAGAUGAUCUCUGAGGCCCCUUCCAGACUGGGAUUUCGUGUAGUGGAUUCCUCCUGGGAAGGGGGUUGGACUAGAUGAUCUCUGAGGCCCCUUCCAGACUGGGAUUUCGUGUAGUGGAUUCCUCCUGGGAAGGGGGUUGGACCAGAUGAUCUCUGAGGCCCCUUCCAGACUGGGAUUUCAUGUAGUGGAUUCCUCCUGGGAAGGGGGUUGGACUAGAUGAUCUCUGAGGUCCCUUCCAGACUGGGAUUUCGUGUAGUGGAUUCCUCCUGGGAAGGGGGUUGUUCUGCACUGUUUGCAGAAUGGGGAGAGAAUUGUGCAUUUUUAGAAUGACUGACUGGAGGAUCCCGGGUCCUGUUGGACCUGAAUGCCCGAGAAACUGAGUCACACCCUCCUGUCCUCGAAGCCACCUGUCUCUCCGGAAAAAGCUAAUUAUUUACCUUGCUAAUUACCAGGUUCCUUUGCUUUGCCACGCCAACUUUGAAGGUGUUAGUUAAAUAAACCCAAAAAUCUAGAA